AUGAGGUUAUGGUCUCUCUUUCUCUUGCCUCUGCUCUGUCUGCCUGCGCGGGUUCGAUCAGAUGAUUACUCGGAUGUAACUGUCAUUGUUCGAGGCUCUGAGACGAUUGCUUCGACCAGUGACGAGUUUGUUUGCGCCACCAUUGAUUGGUGGCCUCCAGAGAAGUGUAACUACGACCAGUGUCCAUGGGGAAGGGCUUCUGUCUUAAAUUUGGACUUGACUAAUCCUUUGUUGGCUAAAGCUAUCCAAGUGCAGUUGUUACAUUUGGUCUCAACGCUUCAAGGACGACAACAGACAAGAAAAGGUGUUUGGGGUGGUCCCUGGAAUUCUAGCAAUGCUCGAGAAUUCAUUGAAUACACUGUUUCAAAGAACUAUCCUAUAGAUUCAUGGGAAUUUGGUAAUGAACUGAGUGGAAGUGGAAUUGGUGCGAGUGUGUCAGCUGAACAAUAUGGAAAAGACCUAGUUGAACUUCAAACCAUCAUCAACGAGUUAUACGGAGAUUCCAGCAAACCACUGGUUGUAGCCCCAGGAGGAUUUUAUGACCAAAAAUGGUUUGCUCAGCUUCUCGAUGUCUCCGGGCCAAAUGUUCUCAAUGCAAUGACUCAUCAUAUUUACAAUCUUGGUGCUGGUAAUGAUCCACAAGUUCCAAACAGAAUUUUGAACCCACAGUAUCUGAGCCGGACCUCCGAUACAUUCAGAAGUCUCCAACUCACCAUACAACGCCAUGGACCGUGGUCUGCUCCAUGGGUUGGCGAAUCUGGUGGUGCAUAUAAUAGUGGCAGCCGACUCGUGUCCAAUACUUUUCUCAAUAGCUUCUGGUAUCUUGAUCAGCUGGGUCAGUCAGCAAAGUAUGACACCAAGGUUUAUUGUAGACAGACGCUGAUUGGUGGCAAUUACGGUCUUCUUGACACCGACACUUUUGUACCAAACCCAGAUUACUACAGUGCCUUGCUGUGGCAUCGGCUCAUGGGGACACGUGUUCUUUCCAUAGACAUCAGUGGUUCUUCGUACUUGCGUGCCUAUGUGCAUUGCGCAAAGCAAAAGGGUGGUGUUGCUCUUCUCUUGCUGAACCUGCACCGAACCAUGGGCUUCAUGGUUUCAGUCAGGAACGACCUAAAUGUCAAUCUCGCAGAAGGGCGAGGGAUCAGAAGGGACAAUGCCUUUGUCCAUGGCCUGAAAAGAACGGUUUCUUGGGUCGGGAGCAAAGCCUCCGAUGGCUUUUCUAAGAGGGAGGAGUACCAUCUCUCGGCGAAAGAUGGGAACCCUUUUGCCCGGACCAUGCUGCUUAAUGGAGUACCUCUUGAGCUCACUGAAGAUGGUGACAUCCCUCCAUUGUAUCCAGUGGAAGUUUCAGUUAACUCACCAAUCUAUGUUGCCCCUCUGACCAUUGCAUUUGUCGUCUUCCCUGACUUUGAGGCUGAAGCUUGUGGCCGAUGA